AUGAGCAUCUACGUAGGAGAAGACAUGUUCAGAGAAAUUCUAUUAAGGUUGCCUCCUAAAUCCUUGCUUUGCUUCCAGACAGUGUGCAAAAAUUGGCUGGCUCUCAUAACAAGCUCUGACUUUAUUGCUGUCCACUGUCAACAUCAACCAAAGCACUCUGUCGUGUUCCCAUCCUGGUUGGAGUGCAGGAUACCUAAGCAAGAAAACUCAUGUCCUCCCCUUCGGAAAUCGAAAGAAUUUGGCAUCUCAAUACUUCGAUAUGGGAAGAGCAGACCUGAUUAUCUAGAUAUACCGUCCUCCAUGAUCAAGGACACAAGUUCAGCCUCUCUUUUGGGUUUUUGUAAUGGUUUGCUUUGUAUUAAUAUCGUGGACAUCAAAGCUGAGGUUUUCACACUGAGUACCGGUUCUUGGAGAGAUGUUAAGGCCAUUCCUAGGCUUGGACGCGAUUUCAGAAUUUACCAUAAACCGGUGAUUGUGAAAGGAGUAUGGUAUUGUAUGGCUCUUCGACUAAAGAAUCAUCGAUACAUGUCGUCCUUUAUUCUAACGUUUGAUAUGGGCAAUGAUUCUUUCUCGAUAAUGGAAGAUGGAGUGCCUGAUAUUGAUAAGCUUAUGGUUGAGCUUAUAACAUACAAUACCAUAUUGAAUCUCAUGUAUUAG